AUGGCUCCUUCCCUUAGCCAGACCACCCCACCCUCCUCGACAUCCUCCAAUGGCGCAUCACCCGAUACCCAGAACUUCCGCGUCGUACGCAAACGAAAUCGCAUCCCCCUCUCCUGCGCGCCAUGUCGACAUCGCAAGCUAAAAUGCAAUCGCGGCCACCCAUGCGACAACUGCACCAAGCGCGGGGACUUAGCAGCCUGCAACUAUGCCACGCCCGGCGGGCGCAAGAAGAGCAGCCUCAACAGCGCCAACGCCACACCCGACGACAUGCAAAACCGCAUCGAUCGACUCGAGGGCUUGGUAUUAUCCUUGAUGACAAAUGGAGCCUCGCAACCAGGAUCGGCCGCCGCGGCGCAAGCAGCUAUUCAGACUAGCAGGAGUAAUAGCUUAAGCACCGGCUCGGAUCUGCGAUUGGAUCCCGAAGGCAGCGAUAUGAUCCGCGAAGAGCCGGAUCAGGUUCAGGAGGAAGGCGAUAGUGAGGUCGAGCAGGUGUCGAAGCAGAUUGGGAUCAUGAAGAUGGAUAAUGGACGGGCGGUGUUUGCGUCCGAUGCGCAUUGGUAUGCUAUUUUGGGGGAGAUUUCGGAGGUGAAACAGUACUUUGUCAAUCACAAGGAGGAUUAUCGGCAGCAGAUGGAGAGGGUGCAGGCUGCGAAGGCAGAUGAGAGUCCUGGGACUGCUUUCUUGCUUUCUGGACCACCGGCGAAGGACAAGGCGGAAUUGCUGGCGCAGUUCCCGCAGAAGGCGGAUGCGGAUCGCUUGAUUGCGAGAUAUUUCAACGCCUAUGACCCGUCGGUGCAUAUUAUUCAUGGACCGUCGUUCCAGAAACAGUACGACAAGCAUUGGGUUAAUCCGCAUGAGACGCCGACGGUGUGGGUUGGGUUGUGCUUUGCUAUGAUGACAUUGGCAUUGCAGUCGUAUCACCGGGCUGGAGACGAGCCCCCAGAGUAUCGAAACCGAGCUAUGGAGCUGGCACAUACUUUCAGGAGGCUGACAGCGCAGUGUCUGUUGCUGGCGGAUAUCACGCAGCCAAUCGCACAGAUCCUGGAGACUUUGAUCUUGCAUGUUCAAGCGGAGUAUGGUCGAAGCAGAGAUGCCGAGCCAGGUGUCCUGCUUUUGACGAGUCUGUGUGUGCGUCUGGCGAUGCGGAUGGGCUACCAUCGCGAUCCAGGGCCCCACCCACAGAUCACGCCCUUCGAUGGCGAGGUCAGGAGGAGAGUCUGGGCCUUUGUCCGUUCCUGCGACGUUCACAUCUCCUUUCAAUUCGGCCUGCCGUCUAUCAUCCGCACAGAUCACUAUGAUACCCAGCUACCACGCAACAUCUACGACGACGAGCUGUAUGACACUAUGCAGACUCUACCGCCUUCGAGACCGACGUUCGAGGCGACGCCAAUGAGCUAUAUGAUCGCCAAGUACGGCAUGACCCACCUCUUUGGCCAGAUCGUGGAGAGGACACAGAGUCUAACUGAUCCAAUGUCCUAUGAACAAACCAUGAAAUUUGACCAAGAUCUAAGACAGCUACGGUCGACACAUCCGCCGCUGCUACAAAUGCGAUCGUUUCAGGAGAGCGCACGCGAUCCGGCCAAUCUCAUCAUGCAACGGCUCGGACUGGAGAUGGUAUACCUUCGAUCAUUGUUUGUGCUGCACCGGAAAUUCAUUGCUAGGGGCCGUGAAAAUCCGAGGUACGCUUACUCCAGACGAACGUGCAUAGACGCCAGUAUGCAACUUCUGGACCACCAAGCCACCCUCCACCGCGAGUCACAGCCCGGUGGACGACUAAGGAGUGUGAAAUGGUACAUCUCCUCUCUCACCACGCACGAUUUCCUGCUAGCAGCUAUGUUGGUCUGUCUAGACCUCUACCACCUCGCUGAAGCAGACAGACGAAGUCGACAGCGAUCUGGCAGUCUGAAUGGACCAGCCGAGUCACCGUUAACGGCUGAGCCGUACGCAGAGGACAGAAGAGAGGAGAUGCUCCGGGCGGUGGAUCAUUGCAUCGGGAUCUGGGAGAGUCUGAAGGGCCAGAGUAUGGAGGCUUACAAGGCUUCUGUCACUCUUGUCGUGAUGGUGAAACGGCUAAAGGAGCAUAGGAGGGCUAUGAGGAACGGGGAGCCCUUGCCACCUCCGGCGCCACGAGUGGCGUGCACAUUGGAAGCCUGUGGAGACGGUGUUUCGGCGGUGGAGAGAUCGAGACAGCAAGAGACUAGUGCUACGCCCUGGGCUCAGCCGGGUGUAGCGAAACAAACGCCUAGUUUUGGGAUCUUCCCCAAUGGCGUGCCGAGCGAUUUCAGAGAAGAGGAUCUGCCGCCUGAGCAGUCGGCGGCUAUGACGUUGGGGAUGUUGUAUUCGGGUGGCAAGUCACCGAAUGCUGCUAAUUGGCCUUUGGGUGUCGGUCAUCAGCAGCAGGAGAAGCAGAGUGGUUAUCCGGCUAGUAUGGCCGGUCUGCUCAAUGAUCCGCUACCGCAGCAGGAACGUACGGGGUUGACGCCGCAGUAUUCUGGUGGUGAGGGCGGUGGGAGUUUGCUUGCUGGGCCGGCGAGUCCGUUCAGUCAGAUGCUUGCUGCUGCUGCUGGUGGGAGUAGUGGGUUUAUGGGUAUGGAUGGGUUGGGGGCGGAUAUCGACUGGGGCGCAUGGGACCACUAUAUCCAAGGCAGUGGCACGAACGCCAUGGAUCCGACGUUACAGAUGUGGCCCAUGAAUGUUGAUGUCUCAGCCUUGGAUCCGAGUCUGCAGCAACAACAACAACAACAACAACAACAACAACAACAACAACAACAGCCCCAGAAUGGUGGUGGUGGUGGCAAUCAGCCGCAAGCUCAGCAAACGAACUCGGGCGCGCAACAGCAACAGCAGGCGAAUGGCAACAUGCAGGAUGGAGUUUUCAUGGGAGCGACGACCCCUAGUAUGAUGCAAUGA